AUGGCCCCUUCCGCUAUUACCCCCGAGACCUCUCCCGAGCGUCAGUACUUUGUCAAGAAGGCUGUCGUCUCCAAGCGCACUCAGAGCCGCCCUCUGAACGUUGCCACCAUCAAGCUCAACGAUGGCAACGUCAUCCCUCAGGUUGCCCUCGGUGUCUACAAGGCGCCCAAUGGCCACGAGACCGAGGUCGCUGUCACCGCCGCGCUGGACGCCGGCUACCGCCACAUCGACUCGGCAGCCCGGUACGCCAACGAGGAGGCUUGCGGCCGCGCCAUCCGUCGCUGGCUCGAGAAGACGGGCACUCCCCGCGAGGACGUCUACAUCUGCUCCAAGCUGUGGGACGCCGAUCACGGCUACGAGGCCACGUUUGAUGCUCUCUGCUCUUCCCUCGAGAAGUUUGGUCUCGACUAUCUGGACCUUUACCUGAUCCACUCUCCCGCGGACAACGAGCAGAAGCGCCUCGAGAGCUGGCGCGCUCUGGAGACGGCACAGAAGCUUGGCAAAGUCCGGUCAAUUGGUGUUUCCAACUUUGGUGCCGCCCACAUUGAGAACCUGCUUGAGAAUGCCCGAGUUGUUCCCGCCGUCAACCAGGUCGAGGUCCACCCCUUCUGCCAGCGUGAGGCUCUGGUCGAGCUCUGCAACAAGAACGACAUUCUGAUCGAGGCCUACUCUCCUCUGGCUCGUGGCAACAAGCUGGAAGACCCAACCAUCAAUGCCAUCGCGGCCAAGUAUGGCAAGACUCCUGCCCAGAUCCUGCUCAACUGGAACGCCGCUCGGGGCAACGUCGUCCUCCCCAAGAGCUUGACUGCCAGCCGCAUCCAGAGCAACUUGAACAGCUUCGACUUCCGGAUGGACACCCACGAUAUCGCGACCAUCAAUGCGCUGGGCUGCGAAAACUACGUCACCGGCAGCAUGCACAAGUCCAGGGACUGA